UCACUGCGUACGUGUGACGUCGUCACGUCAACACUGCAGUCUCUCUCACUAGCAGCUGCAGCAGCAGGAGAACCACAGCACACCCAUCCACACCUCUCAACUUCACACCAGCUAGCACCGAAGAAAAGGAAAGCACCAUAAUGGAGGCAGCAUCUCCCCCUUUGGAUCCAGAUCUAAUAAGGGAGGUUCUUGAAUGCCCCAUCUGCCUGGAGACCUACAGCCAGGAUCAGUUGAGACCCAAACUCCUGCAGUGUGGCCACACGGUGUGCCGGCAGUGUCUGGAGAAGCUGUUGGCGAAUACUAUAAAUGGCGUGCGCUGCCCCUUCUGUAGCAAGGUGUCCCGUAUGAGCAGCAUCUCUCAGCUGGCCGAUAAUCUCACUGUGCUAAAGAUCUUAGAUUGCACUAUAUCCUGCAGUGCUGCUGCUGCCGCCCUGAUGUGCAAGUCCUGCUGCAACCGCCUACCACGCCAGUACUGCCAUGAUUGUGCCACGGUCCUCUGCGAGCUCUGUAAAGGGGAGGGCCACCUGCAUGAAGGCCAUUCGGUCCAGCCGAUCAGGGUGGCUGCCGAGCAGCGUCGUAAAGAACUGGGCGGCAAGAUGACUUCCCUGCGUGAUGUUAUGGGCGAAAUUCAGAAGAAAAAGACAGCUAUUGAUAACAUUUCCAAGACCUUGAGAUUAAAGUAUCAGGCGGUGCAGCAGGACUAUACUUCAGCUGAGCUGCGUCUUCAAGAGGAACUCGGCAGGUCUCGAAGGACGUUCACGGCUUCCAUGGCAGAAGUGGAGAAGCUGAACGGGCAUGUCCUGGAGGAGCAGACGUAUCUCCUCAGCAUUGCAGAGGUAAAAGUGGUGUCGCGCUGCGAUUACCUGACAAUGCUGGUGAGGCAGAGUGACAUCGCUUUGCUAAAGGAUGAUGGCGAAGGCGAUGAUGAUGAAGAGCUGGAUUGGAGGAGCAGUUUACCCGCCAUGUUUCAGCUGCAAGAGCCAGAGCUGGUCAGAACAGAGCACACUAAACCUGUAGAAGUGGGCCAUGUGACCACAAAUACUUACACCGUGAACACAGAGGAUGAGGAGAGUGGGUUGGAGAUCGCACUUGAGGGUGAUGUAACGAGUGUGACCGGGGCGAUGGGGGCUACAGGUGGUGGAAGGGGGUCUCCAGCGGAUCUUUACCGAGACAUUGACAUGGUUGCGGCUGUAGAGGAGGCGGUGUGUAGUUCACCGGGCAGCUUUAAGUCAAAGUCCCUGGAUGCAGGUGGGGGAUCGCCUGGAGGAGCCGGGGCAAGCGCGGGGCUGCCGGUCUGCCAGUUUGUGAAGAAGAUGGGCUGCAAGGGAACUCUACCCGGCAUGUUCAAUUUACCAGUCAGCAUCUGCGUAACGGCACAAGGCGAGGUCCUGGUGGCUGACCGCGGCAACUACCGCAUCCAGAUCUUCAAUCGCAAAGGUUUCCAGCGCGAAAUCCGCCGCAACGCCAGUAGCAUCGACAACUUCGUCCUGAGCUUCCUUGGGGCCGAUCUGCCUAACCUCAUCCCCUUAUCCAUCGCCGUCACAUCUCAAGGCCUGAUUGGGGUCACCGACAACUACGAUAACUCGGUUAAAGUCUACACUAUGGACGGACACUGCGUGGCUUGCCAUAAGAACCAGCUGAUUAAACCCUGGGGCAUUACCGCCAUGCCAUCGGGUCAGUUUGUGGUGUCGGAUGUGGAAGGUGGCAAGCUUUGGUGUCUAGCAGUGGACCGCAACGUAGGCGUGGUGAGCUACAACCGACUGUGCUCUGCCGUGCGGCCAAAGUUUGUGACAUGUGAUGCAGCUGGAACGGUCUACUUCACCCAGGGCCUCGCCCUGAACUUUGAGAAACGUCACAAUGAGCCCCACCUGGAAGGCGGCUUCUCCAUUGGCUCGGUGGACACGGACGGCCAGCUGGGCAAGCAGCUCAGCCACUUCUUCUCAGAGACGGAGGACUUCCGCUGUAUCACUGGCAUGUGCGUGGACGCCAACGGGGAUUUGCUGGUAACGGACAGCGGCAGGAAAGAAAUCCUCCAGUUUCCCAAAGAGGGUGGAUUCAAAGUUCUCAUCCAGGAGGGGCUGACGUGCCCCGUAGGAGUGGCCACCACCCAGAAAGGACAGCUGCUUGUGCUGGAUUGUUGGGACCACUGUGUCAAAGUCUACACAUACAUUCAGAGGAGGCACUCCUCCACUUCCUAGAGGAACAAUCCAGUCUAUCGGCACAUGAGCAUAAGAGGUUUAGUAGGUAUGUUUUAGAGGGUCGGUGUGUAUGGAAGUUUGAAAAAAAGGUAGAAUCACACUGUUAUCUGUCACUUUACUUUGGCUGCAGUCCAAACAAGUCUCACUCCAGCUUUCAUUGGGUUAUGAAAUUAAUGUUUUAAUUAGUUUGGUUCAGAUUAAAACCCACCAGAGUUUUGAUUUAAUAUCUCAAAUUAAAAAUCCGCUACUUAAGUUGCCUCUUACCGCAUUAUUUGAUCAUUUAAAACAGAUCACGCAACAUUUUUUCAACAUCAAAUAAUACUGGCACAAGUUGUCACAUAAAAAAUAAGCGAAAGAAGCCAUUGAUGUCGAAGCUAAUGCCGGCACAAAGUGCAGAUGAUUUCUCUUCUUCUGUCACACUGCUAUAUCCACCAUUCAGCCUGACUGUGUGUGUGUGAUGCAUGGCUUUCACUGAUCUGGCUCGACUUUGCAAAAAGAGAAACGGGGAGGAAGACGAGCUGAAAAUGAACACAUGUAUUUACGUGAGAAAUAAAUCGUACCAAAGGCUUUUGGCCUGUGAAGCACUUUAUUAUUGACACGACACUGUUUCCUAUUCCUAGUGGUAGGGUUUUAAUAGCACAGACUGACAUUGAUGUUGCUGAACGCAGCUUUAAAAAGUUAACUGUGCAGUUAGCUAAUGGUAAAAUGGUAAACAAGUAUUGGCGCUUGUUGAAUUGCAUUCAGUAACAUUCAGGGAACAUUAAGUGUAGGAUAUUAAGAAGAGGGUUGAACAAUAAAAUCACAACACGAUGGGAAAUAUUUACUGGGGUUCUGUGGGUUAAAGUUUAUCCGAGGGUAGCUGAGUUAAUGCAAUCAGAAUUAGGGUUCCUGAUGUUUAACUUGUAGACCACAUUAUUAUUAUCAUUUGGUCCAGGUAGUUAUUAAUACUGCCUGGCUAGCCUGUGUGCUGUGGAUUUUGGAGCAGCACAUCAGCUUAAAUGACUUUUUCAGUAACUAAAAUCUACGGUCUGCUCUACAAGCCCUAUUCUCUUUUGUAUGUUCUUUUAUUCAGCCCUCUCCUUGUGACUUCUCAGCCACGGCCUCACUUUUCUCACUAUAGGAGUCAGGUUGAGGUAACCAUCUGCAAGAUAACAUCAUUGCCAUCUGCUCCGGAUUAGGUCUGCACAAUUAAAUUUAUCGAAAUCGCAAUUACUGCAAUUUUCAAAAUCGCAAAAUGAGGAAGAAAUUGCAAUAUUUGUUAAAGGCAAAAUGUGUUUUAAAAAAUACUAUUUUAAAUGAAAUAUUGUGAUGCCGCAGAGUUGUCCUGGCUUACAAAUCAUAGACUUAAGAAAACAUCUUUGUUUGAUACAGAUGCCGGCGAAAAUUUCACCAUAAUCAUUUGUAUUAUGUUUCUCAAUGAAAAUGAGAAUAAUGAUUAUAAUACUCUUUAAUAUCACAAAUCACAAUAUCAGUCAAAAUAACCGCAAUUAUUACAUAUUUUUUCAAACUGGUGCAGCCCUACUCUGGAUCCUAUUGUAGCUGUUCUGCUCAGUCAUACAUCUCACUACAACUUCAGGCCUCUACAUCCCCCUUUUUAUUUAACCUGCACCAUUAAAGUUUAGUCUACUUUUAGUCCUACUUUUCUGAGUGUCCAUUAUGAUAAGAGUAGCAAAGGUUUCUAGAUGACCUUUGUAACCUGGGAGGCUCUUAAAAUUUCAAGGCUUUCUAUUCCUUAUGGGCUUACCCUUUAGCGACAUCAUACAAUCUAUACGUUACUUGCUGUUGCAGUGCCAGUACAGCCGACACUAAAUAGCUCCAGCACCCAGACCACGUAAAUUGCAAAGGUGCAGCAGGUAUUUACAACUCAAAUUAAUGUUUACAAACUUGGUUCAAACCUGAGGAUUAGUCCUUCCGGAGAACUUAUUCCAUGCAAUUGUUUCCUCACGCCUGGGGCCUGUGGUUAUACACAAUCUUUUUUCGGGAUCACUGGCAGGAGUGUUCAGAAUAGCGCUGUUAGGAUAAUGACGAGCGAAAACUCACACCAAACCUGGCUUUGUUGCACUGGGAUGUUGGUUCCUGCGUUGCUAUGUCUCCCCUCAGGUUUUUAUUCAACAUUAGACAGCUUGCAAAGUUCUCCAGUGUUGGCAGACGUGGUAAAGACAACAGCCAUAUGCAGUGUUUUUGGAAGUUAGCGGUAGCAACAUUACAUCUAUAUCCGCAUGCAUUUCAUUUAUUAUUUUUAUCAUGUAGCUUUAACUGAAUUCCUGUGAAGCAUUAGAAAGGUGAUGCUUUCAGGUAAAAUAAGAAUAAAAGACACCUUUUAAUUCAAAUAUUUAGUGGCCUAAAUGUGGGGAAUCAAGUUAAUCAUUGAAACCCGUCCAUGUGCGUAACAUAUUCUAUGUUCAUAAAGUCGUAGUAAAUUGUUAAUAUGCCUUCCCGCCAAUAUGUAUCUUCCAGUCCAGGUGUGCUCAUAAGAGCAUAUCACACACUGACUCAGUUUCAGCCUUACAAAUGAAUUAUUUCACAAAGCUGACCUUAACUCUGCACCUGGAGCCCUAUUAACAUGCAAAUAUACAUAUCUGAGAAUCAAUCUGUAUCGUAAACAAUAAGUGUUUUUAAUAUUUCUACUUAAGCAAAGCGAUAAGGUAGAAAAAAAAAAUAGAAUUGAAUUCAAGCAUCAGUUGAUUUAGUCAUUUCCUGAGUGCUUUUUUUAUUUUACAUGCUGUAUUUGUUUUAUUCUUAGGCCAUGUUAAACUUCACCACUAAACUAAUAGAUUGUCAUUCUCAGCUGCAUGUCAACCUUGCCAUAAGAAAAAAAAACAUUUUCCUCAGUGCUUUCACUUUAUUCACUAGAAGUAGUUAUCACUAGAGAAUAUUCAAACUUUAGCAGUACAGAAAAAAAUGCAUAAAAUGCUAGAAAAAUCAAGUGUCCUUGUGUCAGUGUGCUGAACGUCUCACAUUAUUUGUUUUAUUCUAUGUCAUUGGAAAGAAGUUAUUUCCUUGCAUAAUUCUUCAUAGUUAAUUCAUUUAUACCAUCAGAUGGUAAUACCGCAAUAUGUCCAUGAACCAAACUCCCGUGUGUUUAAAGGUGUUUCUGUCCUUCGGAGGCUGUGGAUUUUACAAUGUGUUGAACACAGUGCGGACAUCUCUGUGUAGUCAAAUUCAUGUUUGUAUUGUUGAUUAUCUGAGUGCAAUAAACAUUUAUGAAACAACUAAAA